AAAUUCAUUUCUCUGAUGGAUUUGCAGCAUGACACUUACCUGCGAGGGGGCGUGGUCUGCGGCAGCCGAAGAAGCAGCGAGCUGAGGCUCUGGAGGAGAGCAGCAGAGGCAGAGACCGCACACAUCCAUCUCUACCUGACACCGUUUAACGUGCUCUGUGUUGCGAUGUUGAUCCUGGACGUUUUGUCCCCGCUCCUCCUCCUCUCCAUCCUGUUGCCGGGCUACGGUUGCCGGGCGGCUGACAUUCCGGAGGACACUACAUCAGAGUUCUCGGUCAGACUGUACCACCGGCUGCAGGCAGCAGGGGGUCAGGACAACAUCAUCUUCUCCCCACUGAGUGUUACUGUAGCCCUGGGCAUGGUGGAGCUGGGAGCCAGGGGAGCAUCGCUGGAGGAGAUACGACAGGCUGUAGGAUUCAGCCACCUACUGCCUGGCGCCGAGUUCUCGUUGCUCCGGAACGUGACAGCGACCUUGUUGGACGAUGACACCCACUACAUGAUCCGAUUUGCCAACAGUCUCUUCCUGCAGGAAGGUGUCACCUUUAACCCUGAGUUCCUACAUCUGAUGAGGAAGUACUUCCAGGCUGACGUGGAAACGGUCGACUUCAGUGAAUCAGCAGCCGUGGCCGAGCAGAUCAACAGCUGGGUGGAAAAUCAUACCGAGAGUAAGAUUUGUGGGCUGCUAUCAGCCAAGGACUUCAGCAGUGUGACACGCCUGACCCUGGUGAAUGCCGUUUACUUCAGAGGCUCCUGGAAAAACCAGUUUAGACCCGAGAACACCAGAACCUUCUCCUUCAGCAAAGACGAUGGCUCUGAAGUUCAGACGCUCAUGAUGUACCAACAGGGAGACUUCUACUAUGGUGAAUUCAGUGACGGCUCUCAGGAAGCCGGCGGUGUGUAUCAGGUGCUGGAGAUGCCAUACGAGGGAGAGGACAUGUCGAUGAUGAUUGUUCUACCUCGGCAGGAGGUACCGCUGGCUUCCCUGGAGCCCAUCAUCAAAGCAGCACUGCUGGAGGAGUGGGCGAACAAUGUUAAACGGCAGAAGGUGGAAGUCUAUCUCCCUAGGUUCAAAGUGGAGCAGAAGAUUGACCUGAAGCACAUUCUGCAGGAGCUGGGAAUAAAGAACAUCUUUACUGAUGAUGCUGAUCUCUCCACCAUGACAGAUGGUAAGGACCUGUACAUUGGGAAGGCAGUGCAGAAGGCCUAUCUGGAGGUGACUGAGGAGGGAGCUGAGGGAGCUGUCGGGUCAGGAAUGAUAGCCCUGACAAGGACUCUGGUGCUGUACCCCCAGGUCAUGGCUGAUCACCCUUUCUUCUUUGUCAUCAGAAACAGGAGGACAGGGUCCGUCCUCUUUAUGGGCAGAGUCAUGACCCCUGAAGUCAUUGAGCCCAGCGACCAUGACUUUGACUCAGUGUAACCAUGGUGUCAGGUCACUCAGUCUCUGCCAGUCAGAUCCGGACGUCAUAAAUGCUACCUAUCCUCUAUCGCAUAUUCUGCUGUGUUUUAUACUCUUUAUGAAAAAAUAUACAAGCUGGAUGAUAAUAUAUGUUAUAUAUUGAAAUACAACAUGCAACACAAUGUGACUGUGUUUUGAUACCGGAAGCUUUAAACUCGUGGACACAGACAUGCAGGAAAGAGCAAGUUAUAAAUAUUCUCUCUUAAAAGACAGUUUGUAUAUGAGUGAGAAGAACACACGAUAUGUCACAUAUGCACAACCCCUUUAUGUUCAGCAGCUUCAUACUCACUUGUGCCCACACACAAUACACAAAAGCAAUUUUAUCUCUACUUCUUAAAAAUGUACUCUUUCUUACUCCAGAUGUGGUACGUUCACAUUGUAAGUUCCACACAUCAGAUAUAUCCCUGUACAUUGGACAUAUAUAAACAUAUAUGUGGUCAGUAUUUAUUGCAGAAUAAACAUGUGCAAACAUUUUGUCCUUAUACAAUGAAUCUUAGUAAUAUAUCUGUUCCAGACAGUAUUCUAGUCCAUUGUUGCUCUGUAGGCAUGUGGCUAAACUGCUGAUGAACUAAUAUGCCUUAUCACAUUUGAGUGGUUGAUUAAGCCCCAGCUGGGAAUCUCACAGGUGAGCAGAGGGGACUGCGUAACUAAGGCGGGUUGCUAUAGAGACAGACAGGAGCAUGCAGGCGCACUGAGAAAGAUCAGCUGCACCGUCUUGGAUGUACAUACAGGGAGAAACAGUAACACCAGCUGUAUUCAGUCUUUUACUCAAUAAAAAACAUGAAUGUGUUCCCAUUACAAA